AUGCUGUUGAAUCGGCCAUUUCCCUCUCUGGGGCUCUCAGCAAUCAGCUCGGUCCGGGAGUUUCGGACCGUUCUAUUCGUUCUGCUCUCUUAUAUCUUGCUCUUUAUGGUCGCGCGCAGACAGUCUUUCCGCGACCCAACCUCGAUAUUUUUUGACCCAAUGACUGCUUAUGAUCCUAUAUAUUCGGCUAUUAGGCUAGAGCAAGCAGCUUCUUUCAUCGAUGCAGCAAACAAUAUUACGGAGCCUCAGACAACAGGAUCUCGACGGCAACCUCAUUUCUGCCUGGGAAUUGCCACCAUUGCGAGAAAGGGCGUCCGCUAUUUUAAAGACACCGUGGGCACGUUCCUUGAGGGUCUGAGCGAGGAGGAAAGAGCAGAUAUACACUUGAUCCUGUUCAUUGCCCACACGGACCCGUCGCAGCAUCCUGCGUUUGCAGAGCCGUGGUUACACAACCUAGCUGAUCAGGUAUUACUAUAUAAUGCCUCCGAAGUUGAUAUUGAUCAUAUACGCUCCCUGGAAACAAAUGAGGCCAAAGUAGCAGCGCGCGAGAAGGCUCUCUUUGACUAUACAUAUUUGUUGAACGCAUGUGCAACAAUUGACACGCCAUAUGUCAUUAUGCUUGAAGAUGAUCUCGUCGCUCUGGAUGGAUGGUAUCACCGCACUACAGCUGCCUUAUCCUCUGUUGAAGAUCAGACCCGAGAAAUUGGAGCAGCGAAUUGGCUAUACCUACGUCUUUUUUACACCGAAGAAUUUCUUGGUUGGAAUUCCGAAGAAUGGCUUAGUUACCUUCUUUAUUCCAUUCUUGUCGCCUGUUUUGUCGCCUGCGUUCUCCUGGUCUUCAGAAAAUCCAACCCCUCUACCCGCCCUUUCUUGCCAAAUACGAUAGUGGUGAUUUUGAGCGGUAUAUUCACGCCCUUGUUUAUUGGGCUAUUCUUUGCCGCUGGCCGGGUGACGAUGUUCCCUCCAUCGAAAGGCGUAUAUCAAAUGCCCAAAUUCGGAUGUUGCUCGCAGGCCUUUGUCUUUCCCCGCUCACGGAUACCGGAGCUUGUGGAGCUAUACACAUCUAAGCACAUCGGAUACGUCGACGUGAUCACCGAGGAAUAUGCAAAUGCGAGGAAUGAGAUUCGGUGGGCAGUGACGCCAAGCAUUGUACAACAUGUUGGGCGGAAGAGCUCGAAAGGUGGUGAUGGUGAUAUUUUAUCACCCGGAAAGGUCAAGUCUAAGUCUGAGUUGACAGUUGCAGAGAGACUUUGGAAUUUUGGGUUUGAGAUGCAAGAUGCAGAGGUUUUGCGCGCGGAACAUGAGGCGGCAAAAAAACGACUUAUUUCUUAG